UAGGUGUACAAUCGUAUACAGAAGAUCUCUCGAUCUUGAAAUUGAAUAAGACUAUAUUUUUUGCUAUAGAUUUUAAUUUCCAUCUCAAAGUCCAAUUACUUUCAUAUUAUUUAUAGUGAGAUUCAACAUUAUAAAGUCUGCACCUGUUUAACAUUGGUUUGCUAUUCUUGUCUGUGAUUAGAUAAAUUCCUAUCCCUUUCUAACUCUACACCGUUGUUAAAUAGUUCAUAGGCUAUGAAGAAAUUCAAUAGACUACCAGAAUUGUAAAUGAAUUACUACCACUACCAUAACUACUACCAGAAUCUCAAUUAUGAAAAUCUAUUAUUUAAUUAUGAAAAGAUAUAUUAUCUUGGUGAAUAAAACCUUCCAUUGAGAUAAAUUUUCUCAUUAUAAACAAGAAUCAAUCAUUAAUAUUAGAACAGAUAGCUUGCUUGAUAAUAUUAGAACAGAUUAGAUAAUAUUAGAACUGGGAUAGCUUGAAUCACAGCUACUGAUUAACCAAUAGAAGUUUACUUGAAGUAAUUUUACGUAAUUAAAUGAAUAAUGGGACAACACACCUUUAUCGGCUGUUCGCUCCUACGAUAACUAAUAAAUUAAUUAUUUGUUUACGAAAAGGGUUAGAUUAGUUGGAGCAAACCAAGCCGGCCUUAUCAGCCCUUAUCAGUCUGGUAAGCUGAUAACCGGUUGAAGCUUCAGUCUGUUGAUUGCUUGUGUUGAAUAUUAUUCUCACUAUUCAUUUGUUUAAACGUUUUAUGUAAAAGUUCCAUUAAAGUUCUAGACCACAGUUAAACGUAUAGAGUUCCCACUUCCCAGUAACGUAGAGAAUAUAAUUGAAAUUAAAAAGUCUGAAGGUUAAAUAUAUUAUUGAAUCAUUGAAUUGCGAGUGGAAAACAAGGCAGCCUGUCCUAAGAUGCCUGCCACGAGAUCAUCAAGCUGCUCCAUUCAUCAGAUGCUGAUGUAAUGCGUUUAUAACGCUAAAUGUACGAUCAAUCCCAACAGGCUCAGAUUUAAUGAUCCUUGGGGCGCUGGUGCUGUGUUCUACCAUUUCGUGAGAGUAUGAGAUUACUCUCUCCAGCUCUAAAACUUUCUAGAGAAGGAUAUGAGUUCUUCAGGGAGGAGAACUACGUGAGGGAUGUGUUCUGGCUCUUCGAAAAUGUCCACAACAUGGAUGACGGUGAUCUCAAAACUUUAUAUGAGAAUCUGGGUGUGAAAUCCGUAUUGAUAGUCUCAACACUUCAAUGCCAUGGAGCAGGUGCCCACGUAUGGGGGUGUGGCAUCGCGGCCUGAACCCUGCCAUGAAGUGUGAGAGAUUUCUGGGCAAAUAUUUCUGGUAUGACGUCAUUGCACUGCAGAAAAGUCCAAAAACUGUUUCUCUCAAACUACAAGACUUUCUGGGGAAGAAAAUCAACAGGCAGGCCAAGUUUGAGCACGCUCUCGCUCGCACGUGCCUGGAACAGAGAGAGAAACGUAUGCUAUAUAAACACAAGCGAUGAGAGGAAAAUUAUCAUUCACAUCAGAGACAGUAUACUUCACACAUCGUACGAGAUGAGUUCUCCAUCCUUCAUCCUGCCGGAUAGCCCACCCCCGCAGCGUGUGCUCAACUACUGGCAGCGCAAAGCUGCCGAGUCCUGUGCCGCCUCUUCUGCUGCUGCUGCUGCCGCUGCUGCCGCUGCUCCCGCACCCGCUCCACAGGAUCCAACAUCACCAGGGGGCGAGAUCGUGAUCGGGGACAGCCCUAUUCAGCGCUUGGCUCCAGCACCUACCUGGGCGCCGCGGCGUGCUGUGCUGACAACGCUAUCAAACAACAUCAGGCAGAGGCAGGCCAAGAGGAAAUUAACCUUCGAGGAGCCUGAAGUUAGCAGCGAAGAGGAGGAGGAGGUGCUCACUCAAUCAAAGAAACGAGCUGUAAUGGACGAGGACUCCUCACUCGUGCCGUUAAUGAAGGAGGUGGAGGCUGAGUUGGACUUUGUCCAACUCAUCAACAAAUCGCAGCCGAAACCGUGGGUGCCGCUGUGAGAGUUGAAGGAACGCACUCCCAACCCCAUAGUUGCUGCGAGGGAGGACACAAACCAGCACGGUCGGCGUGUAAUUUUAAAAAUAAUCAAUGCAGGAAGCAAAUGUGAGGUGUAUCUACCUCAAAGAUUUGCUUCCUGCAUUGAUACACCGAAGAUUGAACAUUUCAACAAAAAUUGCAAACAUUAUGUGUUAGUAGUAACACAUAAGUCUCCAAAUUGGACAGAUAUAAAAAUUGUUAAUGCUUAACAAUUUUUAUAUCUGUAUACAUAUGACCUAUGUGUUACGAAUUGUAUAGAUGUAUGUGUGAAUAUAGAUAAA